AUGGUGGUGAGCUUUGAUUGGCGGGCAAUGGACCAAUCACUGUCCAGUGGGCGGGGUCAUAUGAGCGUGCUCAGUUGUUUCCCGCCCUCCGUGGGCAGAGACAUCGUGGUUGCUGUGUUGAAGCCCCUGGGAGCCACCCUGGGAAACCCUAACAACCACAGCCUGCUGCAUACAGACAGACAGGUGAAGUGGACAAUGGAGGUGUUGUGUUAUGGUUUGACUCUCCCAUUGGACGGAGACACAGUCAAACUCUGUGUUGAUGUCUACACUGAUUGGCUGAUGGCGCUGGUUUCCCCAAAAGACUCCAUCCCACCACCAAUCAACAGAGAGCCCAACCUGUACGUCCAGAAGAUUCUCCGACACCUGUACAGCCUGUUCUUGGCCAGGUCAGACCAGGUGAGUCCGGUGUACCUGUCUCUCUGUCAGCAGGUGUUGUGUGCAGUGCGGUUAUUGGCCAGAGAGAGCACUGUGAUGAGUAGAGACACCUGGGAGACUCUGCUGCACUUCCUGCUCCGCAUCAACCACGCCAUGCUGGCUCCUCCCACUGCUGCAGUUGGUGUGUCUGACCUGUCGAUGGCGGUCCACUUCGAGGUCUUGUUGCUGUCUUGCUCUCGGUGUUUCCCGUCUCACUCACUCUGGCAGAUGUGCAGACAGAUGUUGAGCGGCUGGCGACAUCAGUCUGUGGUGGUGGAUCAGUGGAACCGAGUCGUCGCAGCUUUAACCUCCAGGCUGUUGCUGUUAACCUUCGGUCCAUCCUUCCCUGAGUUUAAAGUCCCAGAUGAAGACGCGGCUCUGAUCCCUGCAGACCUGGACGAUGACAGAGUCCCUCAGACCUGGUUCAGGUUCCUGCACAUGUUCAGUCACCCGGUGGUUGUUGGUUCAACUCCUUCUUCUCAGGAGGAGGUGUCAAGAGGAGGACACAAUCAGCUGCCUAAAAUCUUCUUCAGAGCCAUGAGAGGAGUCAGCACUCUAGUUGACGCUUUCCUUGGGUUCUCCCGGCCUCGUUCUGGCAGUGCCCCGCCCACCCCAGUGAACAUACUGAGCUUGCCCAGUGCCCCUCCCUCCACCACGUCCCCCCCAAUGCACAGGCGACUAAAACCUGUGCAUGUUUCCAAGGCAACGGGCAAACCGACGUCCUCCCCUCCUCCCUCAUCCCCUCCCCCGCUGUGCUCCAGUCCCCGACCCCCCCCCUCCCCCCUCAGGUGUGACGUGGACUCCCUCCUGCACCUGUUCGGCUGCUGGUUGUUUGAUGCUGCUCUGAUCAACAGAGACUCUGGUCUUACUACUACAGUAGUACUACAAUGCUACACAUACUACACACGUGAAGCAGCUGCAGGUUACCACAUGAUAAACUCUGUGUCUCCUUCAGCUGGUCACUGUGAUGUCACAGUGAUGUCAGAAAGGUGGGCUGCAGGUCGAGCUGAGGCCUGCGGGACGCUCUGCAGGAUCAUCACCUCUAAGAAGACUGCAGAGGACAUCCUGCCUGUCUACCUGUCCAGGUUCUACAUGGUUCUCCUGCAGGGUCUCCAGGUGUGUGAGGGGGCGUGUCUUCCUGUUCUGGCCUCCAUCCUGCUAAACUCCACCUGUCUGUUCUGCUGUGACCUGAGAGGAGUCAACAUGCUGCUCCCCUCCUUCAUCUCAGCUCUGGAGAGCGUGCUGCUCGACAGAGAGCUGUUGAGAUUUAAGAGUUUUGUGAGUCCGGUGGAUUUGAGACGAGCCUCCAUCCUCAUCCUGCUGUCCCUGCUGCCCCUCUCUCUGCAGUUUGGAUCUGUCCAAUCUGAGGUGUUACUGGACAGACAGUUUGGGGGUAAUGAUGUCACAGCAGGCAGCUUCCUGUCUCUGAAGCCCCGCCUCAUCGGUGUUCUGAUUGGAGCUCUGCAGACAGAGAGCAACGCCUCCAACACACAGGUGAUCCUGGCCGCCAUGUUGAACCUGGUCCAGGACUUGGCUCUGGUACAGGCGGUAGGACAAACUCAACAGGAAACUCAGUCCCACCGUGGGGGAACCAGUAGAGCCAGAUGGACUGGGGGAACCGGGGAAACCAGUGGAACCAGUGGAAACAGACGAACCAGAGGAACCAGUGAACCAGCUGUCCAAUCAGAUGCAGCAGGGGUUCUGUGGGUUCAGUUUUUGCGUCUGCUCACUCAGCGUUUGACGUCUCAGUGGAGGAACGAAUCAGCAGUUUGUCUGUCUGCACUGGAAGUACUGGGAGGACUGGCAAAGGUGGAGGUCAGGGUGGAGGAGUCGGAGAGGAGGCGAGCAGUCAGUUCUGUCUGUACUUACAUCGUGUUUCAGUGCAGUCGUCCUCCUCCUCUUCACUCCAGAGAUCUUCACUCCAUCAUCGUCGCUGCUUUCCACUGUCUAAACAUCUGGUUAACUCAGCACCCCGCCAUGUUAGACCACCAGGAGUGUUUAUUGGAGAUUCUGGAGAUUGUGGAGUUGGGGAUUUCAGGCAGUAAAUCCAGACAGGAACAGGAAGUGAAGUGUAAAGAAGAGAAAGAACUGAACCCAGCCUCUCUGAGGGUGAAGGAGGCAGCUGAGGCCACACUGAGCUGUGUCAUGCAGGUUUCAGGAGGAUUCCCGUUUGUUGGAGGUGUGCUGGAUGAGGACGCUGUGAUUGGCUGCUCUAGUUUGAGUGACAGCAGUGUGAAGAAGUUCAGAUAUUUUGUGGUGGACAGCUCGGUGAUUCUGGCCAUGCUGGAGGAACCACCAGUACCUGAACAGGCAUCAUGUCCAUCGCUCACAGUGCUGAUCAGAGGACCAUCAGGGCGUCACGGCUGGACUCUACAGCUCCACCUGGAGCCCAGAGAGGGAAGAACACCUACACAGAAAACUCGAACCCCAGAACACUGCGGUGUAGCCCAGGAGGAUUCUGGGAUACGAUGUGGUGUCAAACAUCAGGUGUUUCCUGAAAACAUGAACAGAUUUCCUUCAGUUAAAGCAGAUCUGAGUAUUCCAGCCCUGAACGAGGCCGUUACUGAGGAGGUUCAUCGGCAGUUGGAGCGUCUGCGAGCAGUGUUAAAGAGACAACGCCAGGUUGAGGAUCGGCUACAGGCGAGUGGUCAUUCGGUUGUCAUGACGACCUGCAGGCCACCGCCUCCGGUCACUAACUUUCAGACGGCAAGACUGUUCUUGUCCCACCUCGGUCUGCUGACACCUGAGACCCUGAAGGAUCCAGGUACCAGCGGUGUCCCAGCUCAGCUGGUGUCUCUGGAUUCGUCUCUUCCAGGAUUCUCAGAGGAUCUGAGACGUUUGGAUCAGAUGCCGUUCAGAAACUGUGACUCUGCCUUUGUUUUCUACAUGAAAGCUGGACAGAGGACAGCUGCUGAGAUCUUAAGGAACGUUGAGUCCCGGUGUAGCGUCCCAUCUCACUUCCUGGACUUCCUGUCUUCUCUUGGUCGGCCGGUGGAGGUGGGGCCACGACAGGGGAGCAGCACCAGCUCCAGCAGUCCAAGUGAGCAGACAGACAGUGUCAGGUGACCGAGGUCAUCAGAGGUCACUCUGUACUCCUUUGGAGGGGGUGUGUUUAACGGAGAGAAAUUUGUCCUGAUGUUUGCUGAUGCUCUGACGGAGCUCACCUUCAUCGUCCCAUCAUCAUCCCACAUUGAUUGGUUGAAGAAUCUAAAGGAGGCGGAGUCUCCGACUGAGUCAUCAUGCCACAUGCAGAGUCACUCUGAGCUUGGCCAAGACCCCACAAGUUCUCCAGUCGAAGACAGGAAGUCUUUUCCUUUUGUGUCGUCGUUCGUCGGCUCUGAAUCUAAACUGCUGAUAGUUUGGGUUGAGCGGUUUGACGAUAUCGAGAGUUUCCCUCUGUCUGAUCUGCUGUUAGAGAGGAAGACAGGAACAUCGGCUGGGUAAAAAACCGACAGUCCACCCUCUAACAAACUGAUUCACGUCUCAGACGUCCAGCUGAUCUUCAUCCAUCCUCUGAAAACUGGACUCUACCGGAUCCGUUUCCAUGAAAACGUCACCAGCAAGUUCAGUUUAGUUGUUCCACUGGUCAAUGGGAGUGUGGUCAGCAAGAGGUCACUGAGUUUCCUGGUCAGAGAGAUGGUGAUCAACUGUUGCCAUCGGCGACGGUUGGAAAGUGACUCUGCCCCUCCGCCACAUGUCAGAAGGAAGCACAUGAUCAAUGACAUCAUCCUUCGUUACCGCAGCCGCUGCUCGGAGCCUGCCUUCUAUUCUGCCCUGUUCCGUGACCUCUGACUGUUGCCGUGGCAACAUUAUUGCUGAUCUACCAUUAACAGUUUUAAAGGGGGCUAUUUGUAAGUUUUGCUAUUGCUAUGUCA